AUGAAAAAUUCAAGAGUUCUUUUGUUGGCCUUAAUAAUCCUUGCACUGUUGCAAGUUUUUGUGGGAAUAACUGUUGCAGAUGAGUGGGAUGAAGAAGAAAACAAUGAAGCUACUGUACCGUUACCGGUACCUGUUGAGGAGUCACCGAUAAUAGAGGUUGCUCAAGAACCCAAACCUUUAAAUAUUUUUGUUCGACCACAAUAUAAAUUAUCCGACUUCUAUAGGGAGAUUUUUGUGAUCGUCACCAUUGUUACUUAUAUCCUCAAUUAUAUAAUGGGCAAACGGGCAAAUGAAAAAAUUGCUAGGAAAUGGAUGGAAACACACUAUCAAUUAUUUGCCGAAAAUUUUGCACAAGUUGGAAACGACAAAGGUAAUGCACUCAUCAUGGAUGGACCAGCCGAUUAUCUGUUCUAUCUGACCGGCCGUCGUAAUUGUCAGUACAUUCAUGGAAGAAUCACGCUUAAGCCAAGACACGAUUUGCUUCAAACCAUUACGAAUUUUAUCAUGUCGCAAUUUAGUAGCAAUUACAUCGUUGAUUCUGUGACAUACCAUGCAUACAUGAAUGAUAAAGAUUACGAUGACUUUGUUUUCGCCCUUACAAAAAAAGAAAAAGCGGGUGAUCUGCGAAAAUCCAGAUACGAUCUGGGAGAUUUCACCAGACAAAGUAAUAGUAACUUACUUCCAAAUGCGAUGAACUUACACAGCGAAUCCCUGGAAAUCACUGAUACGAUUCUUACCAAUAAAGUCGUGGAAUUGGUGAAGACGAUUACCAAAUACUUGAAUGCUGUAAUUAUUACAGAUCAACCACGUAUUAGACCUGAGAAAUCUAUCGAAAAUCGACAAAAAUUAAUUACAAUCAUAAGUGAGCUGCCUAACUCGUCAUCAAAGUUCGAAGAAACAAUACCUGUUUCAGAAUUACUUAUGUUUUUGAUUGAUUGGGUUCCUUCCAAGUGCACUUUCCGAGGAGAGACCAAGGCCAAAAUCACAAAGAAUAGAGAAGAGGCCGAGAAGAAAAUACAAAAAGGAUUAGAAUAUGAAAGACAAGAGGCCAUUCAACAGAAAAAGGCAGAAAAAAAACGUGCAGAGGCUGAACGUGUGGCUAAACUUUCACCCGAAGAACAAAGAAAGAUGUAG